ACGAAACACGGAUCAAAACAUUGGAUAUUUUCUCCAGCAAAAAGUUGUAAUUUACCUUUUUUAAUUAAUAUAUUCGUGUAUGUGAAUGAGUAAGAUGAUGCAUAACGACGAUAGAUUCUUGAAGAAUUCGUAGAUAUAAAAAUAAUUGGGGAAACGAAUCUUAUAGUGUGUUUGCCUAUUGCCGAAAGCGCUGAACUGUCGACGAAAAAGUAAAUCGGAUACACUAUACACAGAGAUCCUGUUUACACACCGACACGACAAACCUCCAUAUAAUUGACAAAUUGGAUUUUGACUGUCAGAAGCUGUCAAAUUGUUUGAUUUAUUAUUAAAAUUAAAAGAUGGAAGAAGAGGACAAGAAAGGAUCAGAAACUUGUGUUGAUUUAGCUGAUUUUGUUUUUGAAGUUGAUCGAUUUUCUAAACUUAUUGAACCUUUUGCCUUCUGUUUUUACUUUAUUGAUGACAUAAGACGAUGGCGCUACCCAAUGGUUUCUGUAGUUUUACUCCUUGUCUUAAAUUUAUCUUGUUUCCUUUUAACUAAAGGAUGUGUUUUUGUGAUUGCCUCGUUAGCUGUGAUAAUUGUUGCCUCUGUGUCUUUAUUUCACGUACAUACACGAAUAUUAGAUAAAGUUUUACCGGAAACUAGACGUUUACCUCGCAUUUAUAAUGGACAAGACAUAGAUACUCUUCAAACUGUCCGAAAAUUUCGAUACAGUUUGAUUGAGAUGCAUGAUUUUGUGAUAAAAUGUAACGAGUAUCUGUCGUCAUUUUUCACAAUAUUAAAAUGGGAGCAAACAAUACCAUCUCUCAUAUUUCAUGCUGAAGUAUGUGUGUUUAUCUUGAGCCUGGUUGUCAUGCCGACAAGAUGGAACUUCUUUCUAUUUUUUAACUGGUUCUUCCUCUGUCAACAGGAUACUAUUAACUAUGUGAAAAAACAAUUCUUAGCGGAUGAGAAAAGUGCCACAACAUCGGAAUCAAAUGGUAUUAAAUCUGAUCAUGUAAAAACAAAGGAGGAGUUAGAAGAAAGUAAAGUGAAUGGAGAGAGAAGAGAUUCCACUGAUACAGAGCCAUGUGAUGGAUCGUAUCCUGAACCUGAGUCUAUGAUACCGUUAGAACCACAACCUACUAAACCGGGUAUGGUGGCCAGAUUAUUAGAACUAAAACGUAGACGGCAGCAAGUUACUGCAGAAAGCUGUUUUGGAUGUAAGGUGUCAUUUUCUUCCUUCUUAAAAAGACGGUAUUAUUGUCGACAUUGUGGUAAAGAUUUCUGUAAUAAAUGUUGUAAUCAGAAAGUACCAAGAUCUGUGUUUGGAGCUACUUCCCCUGCUGCUCAAACAGAAACUGUGUUAGUAUGUAAUACAUGUUGCAAGAUGUUGUCCUCUAGUAAAGAUAGUGGUGUUGGUGGUGGUAGUGGAGACAAAGAUAAAGUCAGUUAAACAUCCAACAACUAGUAGUAUAGAAUAUAUGUACUUAAACCAGUGAUAUUAUAUACUGCCUGUUUGACAAAAGUCCCAAUAAUUACAAUUUAUAUUGUAUGUUUGUUUCUAGUUGUCAAUGUUGUUUAUGUGAUUUAUUUGUCAAAAUGAGAUGAGGCUGGGGUAUGUCUUCUCCCUCAAGAACACUUGAUACCACUUCUCAUUUAUAUGGGAAAUUCACAUAAUUAACAGUUUUGUUUUCAUAUUGUGUCUGCUACAACAUGAAAAGCCUGCUAACAAGGCUAAUGAUGGAUUCCUAUUCCAGAAAAAGAUAUAAUAACAAUACAGACACCAGGCUAUAAAAUAUAGCCCUGUUCUAUGGUUCUCUAAUAUUGACUUAAUAGGGUGAUAGAUUAACCAGGUUUUACUGUAGUUGUAUUACUAAUCAACAGGGAUGUGUUUCACAAACAGUAUGUAAAGUUAAAUUAAACAUACAUUAUGCAAGAGCUAAAUCUGCCUAUUGCAGGUCUUUCUUUAGGCCUGAAAUGUUUUCUAAAUUAUUAAUUAGACAUUAAUUAACUUAUCCAGGCCAUAAUCAACUCUCGAUGGCAUCAGAUUUCUCGAAUAUUAAAUAGAUUAGAACCGUUCAAUCAUAUUUUGAUUUAAGCUAAAAAUGGAGGCACGAGACUUAGCUUCGAACAACCAGUACAGUGGUUGAAAUUAUUGCACACGUCUUGUCAAACCUUCAAAGGCUAAUAUCUUCGCUCGCAAAUAGAGUAAUUUGAAUGAAAUUUUCAAAUUAUUCAUUUUACAUUAUCUAUUUUUGAACUAUUAUAAAUAGAAUGGCUAGCUCUUUAUCUAAAUCUUACAUAAUGUAUCUUUAAUGUAAUUUCAGUAGAGUAAAUCGUCUUAUGUGUGCUUUAUAAAAUGGAAUCUAUUAGACAAAGUGUAUCUGCUUGACUUAAUCAACAGAUAUUUUGAAAUUAAGCUGAACAAUUCCUAUUAAACAAGGCUGUAAACCAAUCCAUAUGAUUAUUCCAGUAUAUACACUUAAGCUUGGUGCCUGGUUUUUAUUAGAAUUUAUCAUCACAAUUUUGUUUUAUAUUUUCAUCUGGUGAACAUGGUCCAAUUUUAAUUUUAUUAAUAUGAUGGAGAUAUUUUUAUACACCCAUAUGACGUGGGAGUAUAUUGUUGCGACCUACAUGUAUACACAACCAUCAAUCCACGAUUCUUGUAUAUGUCACAAGUUUUUUAAAUCAAAUAUUUGUUUCAUUUGUAGUAUGUAUACUAUAUACAAAUACACACAGUAACUAAGAAAUCUCAAAAUUUGAAUUUUUGGCCAUUUUCAAACAAUUUUGUGAUUAUAGCGGCGUUUAUAUGAUACAAUCAAUCCAUACAACCGUCGGAUGCAACCGUCGCAUCCAACCAACUGAUCAGACAAAUGGUCGGAUGGACGGCUUAUUGCAUGGAUAGGAUCAGUUCUAUUCUCAUCCGACCAACUCAUGCAAUAGCCAAUCAAAGUACGUUAUAUUAGACAACGUCAUACGUCGUAUGACGUCAUAUCUGACUUGGCAACCAGAAUUCCUGAUGAAAGAUGUCUUCUCCUGUCGCUUCGGGUACUUUGAUGUCCUCUAAAAUGGAUCUAAACCUAUCCUGGACUGAAUUAGAAAAUCUAAUAACUCUGUAUAGGAAGCAAGGUUCUUUUGAACCUGCGGCAUCAACACUACACGAAGACGGGUAUGAGAAGUGUCGUCUUACUGGCAUUUUAUUCAGUUACUAAGAAGGAAUAAAUGUUGCCAUGCAACGAAUAGAACCAUUGUAUCGUGUAAACGGUCGUCCAAUAUGUUGCAUCCGACGGUUGUAUGGAUUGAUUGUAUCGUUUAAACGCGGCUUUAAUUUAUUAAGUUUGAAAAUUCAAAUGUACAAAUUGACUUUAACAAUAAAGGGUCUAUUAAUGUGUUUUUAGAGACUGUAUAUUUAUUUAUGAGUGUUUAUAUUGUUAAGAUGUUGUUUGUAUUCUUUAUAUGGCAAACUAUAUGAAUUUUUAUCCACGUUUACUUAAGUUAUAUUUUAAAUAUUUACACACUGUUUUAGCACAAAAACAUUUGUUUGGUUACAGUCUUAUUGCACCACAACUAGUUAAGUAAGAUAUGUUUAAUUUCAGACAUGCAUAUUUCAGUGGUCCAAUACCAUAUAUAUUUUUUAAGACUGUUUUUGAAAAUUUAAACUGAUAUGUCGAGAAUACUGUUUUUGUAUUGGCUUAGUUCUUAGUCAAUGGAAAGAAUAUCUUACUCUCAAUUUUCUCGGAAUCCUCCGCAAACUGUUUAAAAAUUUUGCCAUUUCCCAUAAAAGUAUUUAUCGGGUGGUUAUUUCCAAUAAAAGUAUAGUAAUUUUGGUAUAUAUGGAAAGUAGAAACAUCCAAUCUUAAUAAAAAAAUACUGGAUUCCUUGAAAAGCACCCAUGUAGCGUGCACAGGACAAAAAUUAGAGGGUGUCACUAAUUGGCAGCCUGACGAUUAAGGGCUGCUUGCUCGAGUGAUGUCAAAGGUUGUGACCUCUUGGCGUUAAAGAGCACUUGGUGUAUAUGUUGAUAAACUUGAUGGAAAACGGACGUGGACAAAGUGAGAGACUUAAACGUACAACAGUUUCUGAUAUAAAAACCACAGAAAAAGACGCGGGCAGGGGAUAAUCUGAGAAUUUACUUAGACUUCAAUAUUUAUGGUAAAAGAACAGCAAUUAAAGACAACAUCGUCUUUUAUAUGCAAUGAAUUCCCUGGCUUCACACCCAUUGCUAGUUAUUGCUACAGCCAAUUCAUGUGACACAAGUGUGACUUUUUUUAAAUAGAUUUUUUAUAGCUAGGGGUAUUUCUUUGCGAAUACAAGGUUUUGGGAGAUAACUGAAGCAAAUUUUUGAUGAUUAAUUAGUUUGAAUAUGUUUUUAGUCCAAAUAUAUCAUCAAAUCACCCAAUUUGUAUGCAGGGAGAUAUCUUUAAGUUUGUAUCUGUACUAACUAAUAUUUAUUUCUAGGUCUGCUCAAUGAAAGGCGCAUACAAUUGCAGUUAUAUUACCAGCAGUUAAAUUUGACUGGUGUCAUUAGUAAAGUUUAUUUAUAGUAUUUAUUUAGAACUACACAAACAUGACAGUAACCUAUGGUUUUUCUAUACUCACACGGUAUUGUUUUGUAAAUAUAAGUUAUUUAAUAUUUGAAUAUAUAAAAACUCAUACAGCUUUUAUAAUUAAUUAAUCUUGUAUAUUAUUUAUUUGUCCAUUUUAAAACUGUCUCCAACAAGUUGGGAGUUGGGACCAUGCUGGGAAUAUUUAAACCAGCAAACAUGACAAUUAAUUACUUCUUGAUUAGAUUCUAAGAUUGGUUUAAAUAACAAACAUGAUCAUAAUUUGUCAUAGAUUGUUUUUUUAAAAUAAAAAUCAUGAUCAUAAUUUGUUAUAGAAUGUUUUGGUUCAAACAAUAUUGUUAUUCAAUAUAAUUACAUAUAGUCAUACUAUUGCACAGUCUAAAGGAUAAUAAUUUGUUAUAGAAUGUUUUAAAUAACAAACAUGAUCAUAAUUUGUUAUAGAACAUUUUACAUAACAAACAUUAUAAUAAUUUGUUAUAGAAUGUUUUAAAUAACAAACAUGAUAAUAAUUUGUCAUCAUAGAUUGUUUUAAUUAACAAAAAUGAUAAUAAUUUGUUACAGAUUUUUUUAAAUAACAAACCUAAUAAUAAUUUGUUUUAAAUAACAAACAUGAGACAUCUAUAAUGUAUUGUUUUAGUCUACAGUAAAAAGACAAAUUUAAUAAAUAUCAAAAUACAUGUAAAAUAUGGUAUAGCUUAGAUGUUAAGAUUGCUCAUUAUAUUAUUAAUAAUAUGAAUACUGAUCAAACUGUAUUUAUUUAAGUUAAGUUUAAACCUAUAUCAAUGUAAAAAGUAUUAUUAAGCAUCAAAGGGAAUGAUGCUGCUGAAGGUCUAUAUUGAUAUAUUUAGGAAAUAUGAAGCAUCAUUUGUUCAGGUUAAUAGAGCCUUCAAUAAAUGGCUGACUAACAUGAUUUGAUCCUCUUUUAGGGCUUAUUAAUAGGGCUUGCAUUUUGACCACCCCUCUAAAUUUGCUGGGUAUUAGAAUUGCUUUGCAGUGGGCAAAAAAUUAUUUACCUCAAAGCUACAUCUCGUUUAACUUCUACCGGACCGUUAAUAAGUGAUGAUGAUAUAUUCUAAAAAAAAUACAAGACAUGGUGAAAGUGAUAUGACUGAGGACAGAUAUUAAUUGGCGAAGAAAAAAUCACACUGUCCAAAUGACAAGUGUUUACAGUCCAGUCAGCGUAGCAACCGCAUCAGUACGCUACACAGCAUAUACACAAUGACACAAGUGUAUGGAGAUUUAUCAAACAUAAUAUGCUAUUUAUUCCGAACCUACUAGUCACUUCAGGAGUUCGAAAUCAUUUAAAAAGUGAAUAACGCGUCUUGGGUCCUAAUGAUCGCAGGACAUGUCAAUUGCACAUAACAACCCUCUAAAUGCGAAAUAGGAAAUGUUUAUCUUCUAAUAUUUAAUUGGCCAUGCUUUCUUACACUAAUGGAACAAGUUUGAUAAAUACAAAGGGUAAUGUUGGGUUUUUUGGGGGGUGGAGGGCGAAGAGUAAAAAUAAAAAUUGUGGGAACAAGAAUUUGAAAUAUUUAACUAGUUAUUCGUAUGGUUUUGUUACAACUAGAUAGUUGAUUGUGUAUUUGUUUACGAAUUGUUAAUUUUAAUAAUUUUUAUUGUGAUGAUAAUUUAGUUGGCACAUUGUGCAGCUACUAUUUUCUGUUUAAUUGUCAAUUUUUAUAAAUUUACAGACAUUUUGCUGCUUUCUAGUCAUAAAGCUAUACACCUGACAAUUGCAGUCACAGUUUUAUUAUUAUACAUUUGUUUUGUAUAACAAUAAAAGCCUUGAUUUAUUUUUGCUAAAUAAGAUACAUGUUAUGGUGUUGCAGUUUAUAUUAAUGCUAAUAUGUAUAUAACUAUAUGUCCACUUCAUCUUGUCAGUUUCACAUAAUACCAUAGGUAAAAUGAUCAGGGCUCAGCCUAUUAAGAACAGUGAAUAUACAAUACAUAUUGCACAUGCAUUGCAUGCAAUUUAGUCUGUGUGCAAGAGGUGAAUCACUGUAUCCGCAUACUUUAUUAUCCCCAAUUCUUCUUGCGUGAGUUGCCUUUUCAAUUCCAAUAAUCAGUCUUCGAUUCUUAUAUACUUGUGACAUUUCUGGAUGGUGGCUGUCCCGUACUGCAUUGAGAAUCUUUAUCUCUGUUAUAUCUUGUCCCCUGAUUAAAGAUAUACACAUUAUUUGUCGCUAGUCUGGGAAAAAGAAAUAAACCAACCAAAUAAAAUUAUAAACGCAAUUUAAGUGAAAUAUUAGGAAAAGAUCCUCUUAACACCAUUAAUUGGCUUGUAAUGACAACAGGUGUUCAUCAAAGAAUGACGAUGGAUUUCACACUACACCUUUUUGCGCAUUUUGUACUUUUAAAAUAACACCGAUAUGCGAAUACACCUUUUGAUUUUGCUAUGUUAGAUAAUUAAUUUGAGUUUAUUUUAAAAUGGAUUAAGCCAUGAAAACUGCAAAGGAUGAUCAGCACCUUUAAGUAUAUGAAAAGUUUUAAAUCAAACUGAAAUCAAACUGUGAUUGCAGAUAAUGUUUUACUAAGAUAGAUUAUAUUAGUCUUAGUUCAAUUAAUUCAAACUAAUCUCUGUGAUAAAUUUAUUAUGUCUAGCUACAAUAUUAAUAUAUUAUAAUCUUUUAGAGGCAUUUAGUAACUGAGUAGAGCAAUUAUCUAUAACCCAUACUGAUGGAAAAACAGCUACUAUAUUUGCCUCAUGUUUUUGUAUUACUGUAUUAGCUUGAUAAUGUUGAGAGAAUACACUUCGAAACAUCACCCAAAUAAUAAAGUAGCUGCUUUUCCAUAAGUAUGUGUUAUUAAUAUAUUAAGAAAAUACAUGUACACAAAAUGUAUUUGAUUUUAUUUAUGAAAACCUUUUAGUUUUGUAAACUUAUUAAAAUGUGUUACUUUGAUGUUUCAAAGGCCAAUGUACAUUAGACUAUCAUAUUGUUUUUUCAGCAGAUUUAUUUUUAGAGAAAAUCUAAAAUAAGAUUCUUGUUGUACCCUUGCUCAAGGCAGGGUAUGCAUUCUCUUUUUCCAAAUACCGGAUACUACAUUUAUUUUGGGAGUUACUUAGCUAACACUUUUUGUUGUACUGUAUUGAAAAACAUUGAUCUUUCGAUUUUUAUUCUUUGUUUUGUUUUCUUUGGUUUUGGUUUUAGAAUGUCUAGUCUGCUAAUAAAGUCCUUACUGGUGGUCUUUUAGUCUGUUAGUGUAAAUGAAAUAUUAGUUUACAUUUUUGUAAUUAUGUGUUGGAUAUUCAAUUUGAUAGUUAUUAGCAAUUUAGAGUAAAUUAAUAUUUUAUAUGAGGAAUAUUAAAGCACUGGGUAUUUCAUUACUUUGUGGCAUAAAUUUUGAUGUGACAGCAAGACAUAUUGGCAUUUUGAAAUAAGGAAUACCCCAAUAUAUUUAUUUAGGUUAAUGGUCACAUUUAGGUCAGGGUUAUCACCAUUUAAGAUUAAUAUUUUAACCCUUGUAUAUAAUGUCAAGGUCAUACGAAAACAGGCCAGGUUAUUUUUUCGCCUACACCCUUUAUGUAAUGUUGAAUGUUUAUUUUCUUGUUUUUAGCAUAUUUUGAUAGCCAUUGAUUGGUUGAAUUGACCAGUUUAUUUACUAUUUAUAUGUUUGUUAUCUGAAACUUGUCAGUAUGUUUAAUGUUAUAUGAUCUAAUGUAUACCGGUAUUGUUUUUUAUCCUAUAAAAUCACAAUAUAAAUAUUUCAAGCAUG